AUGGCUGCAUCAGUAACUUUGAAUGACGACGAAUAUUUUAUUGUUCACCUUCCUGAAUACAGACAUGCAGAUACACAGCGACAAAGAGCGGCUGAACAUUAUGCUCAACAAAACAAGCCCAUACAAGACUUAAAGAAACAAGUGCAAGCACAAAAAUCCAAAGUUGUCACAGAAUAUGAUUCUAUUCUGAAAGAAAGUUCGAAACAAUUAGAAGAACUCCGGGAACAAGCAAAUCGUAUCAAAGAUCUUGAAGAUGCUACAAUAAAAUUAUAUGAGAAAAAGAUCGACCUGAGCAAACAAAUUCACAAAGACGAAGUCGCUAUAGUCAAAUUUCAAAAAGAGCAAGAGACAUAUAAAAAUGAUCUGGAAAGUCUCAACGAAAAAAUGAUACAAUAUGAAACAGAGGAAGAACUAUUAAAGCAACAAUUGUACGAUCUCAGAGAACGAAAAAAUGCGGCAACUAAUGAACAGGAUUAUAUACAAAUGUCAUCAAAGGAGUUAGAAAAUUACUUAAAACAAGUGCGCGCAGACCUACAGAGAAAAGAAAUACAGCUAGCAGAACUUGAAAGCAAGCGCAAGGAGUUAGAAGAACAAAAAGACGAAAUUAUUAAGAGUAUUAAGACUCUCGAAAAAGGUAUUGAAGCCAUAGAGAAAGAAAUUAAGAAACUAACGGAAAAAUACCUUGAAAUAACUACAAAACAAAAAGAUUUGGAAAAACAAAUUGAACAAACUCGGUUGAUGAUUGCAAAAUUGAUGGAAAUGGUGAAAGAAAAAGAAAAGGGUAUUUUCCAAUUGGAAACGCAUAUGGCAAAUCAAGAAAAUAUUAUUGGUCAACUGCAAGAUGAAGUAAAAAAGAUGCAAGAAGAAGCCAAAAGACUAACUGAAAAGAUACAAGAUUAUCAAAAGGAUUUGAUUGACCUACAAAAAACUAUAGAUAAACUUGCUCUAGAUCGUACAAUACUAGAAGAUAGGCAACGUGAACUUGAAAAAGCACUUCAGACAAUGGAAAAUCAGCUGCUCGAGACUAAUAAUGGAUUAACAAUUUCUAUAGAAAAAUUAAAAAAUUCGGAACAAUUACAUUCUCAAGCAGAAGUUAAAGUAAGAGAACUUGAAGUAAAGGAAAACCAGUUAACAAAGGAAAUUGAAGAGCUUCAAAAAAUUUCAGACAAUUUAUUGGAAAAAAUAAGUGAUCUAGAUAAUGAAUGUGCGGAUUUAAAUAAUCUUAUCGAAGAAGUAAAAGUUGACAAUGCAACAGCUGAUAAUGAAUAUAAAGACGCUCAACAAUUGCUAAAUGCUUCGAAACAACAGGAGCGCGACGAUACUCAACAGUAUGAAAAAGCACUGCAAGAAGAGAAAGUUAUUGAAUCGCAAGUAGCUGCAGCGUUGCAUGAUCUGCAAAUGGCCGAAGCAGAAUUAAACGCGGUUAAAGCUAAAGCUACAGCAGAGGCCAUAUGGAAGACGAUUGUACUUGUACUACAGUUCAUAUCACCUGAAAUGGCACUCGGUGGAAGCCUGAUGGGCAAGUCGAAUAACGCAGAAGCGGAGUUGAGUGAUAUUAAAGCAAAACUUGAACAGAAGCGCACUGCGCAUAAUGAUCUAAAAAAUAAAUUGGGCGAAGCCAAAAUUAAAACAAGUGGAUUUCAAUCGAAACUGAAAACAACUACAGAGGAAUGUUCAAAACAAGAAACUAAUGCGACGAACAAAAAGCAAAAUUUUGAUAACUCAGCGAGAAAACUGAAGGAGUUGAAAAUUCAACUUCGUGAUAUUACUCGCCGUCGUUCACAAACCGAGGCACAACAGAAGAAAGCUAAUACUAAGUUAGAACGGGAUAAAUUGCAGUUGUCUUCAGUUACCAAUGAUGUACAACGAUAUAGCCAAGACGCAGAAAACUACCGUGUUCAAAUAGUUUCGAUCCAAACAGAUAACAAGACUUUACAACAACAGAUAAAACAACAACAGAGUACGAUCGCAAAACACAAAGAAGACAUUGAAGUAAAUCGUACGCUUCUGAUCAAAGUAACGGAACAAUAUAAACAACAGACAUCUGCUUCAGAACAGCAGAAAAAUAAGAUAGAAGAUUCCAAGAAAGCUUUAAGCGAGAUGCUCAAUCUUGAAAAAGCAAAAGUUCGUGAAAUUGAUAACCAACAAAAGUUAAAAGAAUCUAAUGCGAAAAAAGUAGAAGAGUUACGUGAAGAAAUCAAGGUUAAAGAAAGUCAAUUGGAACCACUCAAAACAGAACUAGGUAAAGUAAAAGAAGAAGUAGAGGCAUUAAAUGAAUCUAUGAAGAACUUACAGAGAAAGAAAACAUCUUUGGGGAAUGAUAAAAGUGAGAUGCACAAAAAGAUUGAAGGAUAUGAGCAAUCUCACAAAGAACUGAAUGCAAAGAUGCAAAAGGAAGCGGCUCAUAUGGAACAGCUCCGUGCAACAGUGAAAACAUUGGAGGAUCAAAAAACUCGAGUACAUAAAGAAAUUGAGAUUUUUGACCAGCGAUUAAAAAAUAAAACGUUGGAACGUGAAAAAAAUCAAACAGAAAUGAAUCAAGCGAAUGAUUCCUUGAAAGAAAAUAAAAGGAAAAUGAAGAAGCUUCACGAGGAGGUUAACGACGCAAUUACCGAAAGAGAUGCAGUUGACGACAGUAUAAAGACAAAUCAAAGAACAAUUGCUACACAUGAGGAAAAUUUUCAAAGCUUGGUUGAGAAAAUACACAAUGCUACAGAGAAAUCAACCAACAAUAACAAACAAACCGUAGAGAUUAAUCAACGAUUAGAAAAGGUGCAGACAAAAGUUACCGAACUUAAAAAAGUUUUUUGGGAGGCACAAGGAGAAUUAAACAAGCAACAGUAUGAAAUCAUCGAACGAGAGGUUGACCGUAUAAAGUCAUCAAGGAUUGGCAAUGAUGUUCCGCUUCCUAACAGAAACCGUUUAUUAAAUAAUCAGUGA